GUGCUGGCAUGGACUCUCCCUAUAUUUGCCAUUGCAAUCACGAUCUUCCGGCUCGGCAUUCGAGUCCGCAAGCGGCAGCUCUGGUGGGAUGACUUCUGGGCGCUCAUGGCAGCGAUAUGCCUCACGAUCUUCGUCGCCGCUAUGGAACUACACUUCACGGACGAAGGUGAGUCUCCUUCCGAACUAUCGAUAUUACUCACCACCAUGCGGCUGUGUGCGCCCGGUCCAUUCAGGCGUUGGCUCUUUAGAGCGGCUUUGAGUUUCGCCGUCGCGUGGUUAAUCCUCUUUGCCCAAGUUUUCUGGGUGUGCGAAAGGCAACCUGGGUGGAAGGACACUCCCGCACCGCAGUGCAACCUUGGAAGAAAUGUCGCGAUAGCUCAGGUCAUAACGGACGUUGUCACCGACGCGAUCUUGGUGGCCGUGCCCCUCAAACUGGUCUGGAGGGUGAAGUUAACAAGACCGCAGAAGAUCCGGAUUAUUGCCAUAUUUUCCUCAACAUCAAUUGCGACGGCUGUGAGCUUGUAUCACUCCUAUGCUAUCCUCCGGUUCGGAGGGUUCCAAGAGGCGAGGGCCGCUGUCAUCCAAGACGGCGUGAGUUUGAUCGUGGCUGACCUUGGCGUUGUCGUCGCGUUCUUCAUGCGCAUAAGCUCUGUUGACGACUCUAACCAUUCCCGC